ACAGUCGCUCCCAGCCGCCUCUGGUCGUACAACCAUCCACCAGCCAACCAUGCAGAUCCUGACGGUGCUGAGCUGCCUGCUGGCCGCCGCCGUGGCUAAGCCGGGCUUCCUGGGCGGCGCCGCCCCCGGCCUGCUGGGCGUGGGCUACGCGGGACCCGCCGCCUACGCCGGCUACGCGGGCUACGCUGGCCCCGGACACUUCGCUCCCGCCAACAUCGUCAUCGGUCCGGGCGGCGUGCCCCUCGACACGCCGGAGGUGGCGGCCGCUCGCAAGGCGCACCUGGCCACCGUCGCCGCGACGCGCGCCCGCGACGCCGCCAUCAACGGCGUCGCCCCCGCCUACGCGGGCUACGCCGGAGCCUCCCCCGCCUACGCUGGCUACGCGGGCGCCGGCGCCGCUGCGGCCGCCGCCGCUGCAGCCGCUGCUGCUGCUUCUGCUGGCUACGCCGGAGCUGGCGCGUACGGUCCUGCCGGCCUGGGCUACGCGGGAGCCGGCCUGGCCGCCCCCAGCAUCCUGGCGCUCAAGGCCGGACACCACUUGGGCUGA